AUGGAGUUGGGAAAGCUUCUGGUGGCGGUUCUUUCACUGGCUCUGGUUUUUGGGGCGGUCAGGAGCUUUGAUUUUACUGAAGAGGACUUGGCUUCUGAAGAGAGAUUGUGGGACUUGUACGAGAGGUGGCGGAGCCAGCAUCGGGUGUCCCGGGACCUCGACGAGAAGCGGCAGCGUUUCAACGUGUUCAAGAUGAAUGUGCAGUAUAUUCACAGGGUGAACAAGAUGGACAGGCCUUACAAGCUGAAACUCAACAAGUUUGGAGACCUGACCAGCCACGAGUUCAGAUGCAGUUACAGCUCCAACAUUAAGCACUUCCGGAUGCUCCGGGGCAGCCGAGGCUGCACCAGCUUCAUGUACGAGAAGGCCAGCAAUCUGCCACCGUCCGUCGAUUGGAGGAGGAAUGGUGCAGUCACUGGUGUCAAAGACCAAGGCAGAUGUGGUAGCUGCUGGGCAUUCUCAGCUGUCGUUGCAGUGGAGGGCAUUAACAAGAUCAAAACAAAUGAGCUAGUUUCUUUGUCCGAGCAAGAACUGGUGGAUUGUGAAAAGGAUAAUGAAGGAUGCAAUGGAGGACUAAUGGAAAAUGCAUUUGAGUUCAUCAAGAAAACUAGGGGGCUGACAGCCGAGUGGAUAUACCCUUACAGAGCAAGAGAUGGCAACUGUGAUUCAGCAAAAAUGAAUUCCCCGGUGGUGAUGAUUGAUGGGCAUGAAAACGUACCUAUCAACAAUGAAUACGCCUUGAAGAAAGCUGUUGCACAUCAGCCUGUGUCCGUUGCAAUAGAUGCCGGCGGUUCUGAUCUUCAAUUCUAUUCAGAGGGAGUUUUCAAUGGGCACUGUGGAACAGAGCUGGACCAUGGGGUGGCAGUCGUGGGCUAUGGAACAACUCUGGAUGGCACCAAAUACUGGAUAGUAAAGAAUUCAUGGGGACCAGAAUGGGGAGAACAUGGCUACAUAAGGAUGCAGCGCAUGGUGGGUGCAGAAGAGGGACUGUGUGGAAUAGCAAUGGAAGCCUCUUACCCCAUCAAGUUGUCCUCAAACAAUCCCCAAAGAGAACCUUUUAAAGAUGAGCUCUAGAUUUUCAUACACAGUACUAUGUAGCCUUGUUGCAGCUUUAGGUCACACUGAGAGGUUAGGAUCCUCAAUCUGAACAAAUAAAUCUUUUGUCUGUAAGAUAAUAUGGUUCUGUAAGGGGAGUUGUGCAUAGUUUUGGUUGGUUUUACACUUUAAUGUACUAGUUUGGAUGAUAAUAAGAUUGCGCCAAAUGUAAAUGACAGUUCACAAACAUGAGACCAAUCCUUUUUCUUUUAUUAAUUUAAGUUGUUGUCACACACAACCUUUUAAGGCCAUUAUUAACAGUUUACCACCAAGUUCUCUUAACCCUGCCUCUUUAUCUCUUUUUGUUAUAAAUUUCUUAAUUCCAUGUACUCUCCUCAGAAGUGUGUGUUGAUC